UUUUCUGGGCACCUAUUAUGUGCCAGGCACAAUUUCUAGAGUCUGAGGAUAUAGCAGUGAACCGAACACAAAAAUUCCUAUCCUCAAAGAGCUUAACAUUACAUUCUUGUAGGCUUGGAUGUGCAUGCUGAGACAGACAAAACAAGCUGAAAUACUUCUAUAAAGAACAUUCUCACAUCUAUAUGUUGGUUACUUUGAAGUGCAUCUUCCUAGAAAGGACUAACCAUAAGAAAUGAAUUUUAACGUCUGGAAUAUCAAAGAGAUGCUCAGUAUUCCCUCAGGUUCUGGGACCACUAAUUCCUCUAGCGGGAAUAAUAAUCAGACUGAUCACUCCAGUCUCAGUGAUUCCCAGUUCCUCUUUGGAUCACAGUUCUGUCCAGAAAGUUCAGAGACGCUGUCAGCACCCUUGGACUCUGUUGUCUACUUGAGACACCCAAAACAGUCACAACAGAAUUCUCUGGACAGUGAACCAAGUAUUUUCACAAAAUACCAGACAAAACCCCAGCUAUUUGGGGGAAAUACAAAUGAUAGAGGCUUAUUUCCUCUUCCUUUGUCAGUUGGAAAAUCAAAGGGCCUCUUGGAACAAUUUGAGGAGAAAAAGAAAAGGGCAAAAGACAAAUGUGACAGUGAGACUCUAUACAACUUCAUUUCCCAUAUCAGAGAAAGCAUUCACAAGUUGCAGGCAUCUGUGGAAAAGUCUGAGGAACAUCUCAGUUCAAGAAGUCAAUCUAUUUUAGAUUGUUUGGAGACUGUGGCCAAGACAUUGCAAGAGACUGUGCAGGCCCAGAGUGAUCUGCUGUUGGGAACUGUGCAUGACAAAGGCAACAUGGAGCAGGUUAUCCUCGAGAUACGGAAGAGAUUUGAAGCUAGACAAGCAGAAUUUAUAGAAAUGAAGUCCGACCUGAAGCACCUUGAAGUUUUAGUUGCCCAGCAGAGUAAGGACUUCCAGCAGCUGUGUGAGCAGCUAGGCCAGCUGAAUGUGGCCAGCGUCCUAGCAGAGCUGAAGAGAUUGAUUUCAGUCCCUCGGGUACCUGGGCAUGUGAAAGACAGCACUUCCCAGACCUCACUACCUCUGGCCCAGAGCUUCAGUUUCACCAGGCAGGACAGAUAUGCCUCUGAGGAACCAGAUAUGUGGCAGACUCAGGCCAUCCCUGCUGUCUGGAAUCUUAGUAUGGGCUCCCUGCAGCCUGGGGAGUUUGCUAUCUAUACUGAGGGAGCAAAAAGUGAUGCUUUCCAAGGAGAGGCUGUGCUGAUGGCUGCUGGAACCGGCAAAAGAAGCAGGCGAGUAAAGGACAAGGCAGUGCAGACCAACUGCCAGAAUUGGACUCUUAAUAAAACCAGCCCUGAGAAUCAUGGCUCUGGUUCCCCAGGCCACAAAGUUCCUUGUGACUGGAGCUGGGUUUCCCAAGGAGCCUCAAGGUUUAUACCCCUGGACUUUGAAUCCAGCAUUAAGAACACUUGCCAAAAAUGUCAAGCCGAAGGUGUGCUUUCGUGUGCCCCUUGUGAACAAAGGCUGGUGACUGCACAGAAAGGCAGAACUAUGGAAAGAGGGGGGAAAGGCAAGAAGCAGCAGCCCAGGAAAGCCCGCAGAAGCAGGCUCCUAACCAGGAAGCAAGAACAAACCCCUAGCAAAACCUGUGCUUUCAAUUCUAAAUAUCCUCAGCUUCCAGUUUCUGGCCCACAAAGGCUCCCCCUGGAGCAGCAGGAACCCUUUGCUCAGUCCCUGCAUCUGUGGGGCUCCAGGACUCCCACAAAACCAGUCAUCCCUGUUCUGAGAGCAACAGUCAUGCCCAGUAAGACAGUGAGGGCAGCACAGGAGAACAUCUUGCAGCUCAGUGGGCAUUCUUCCAAAGACAACAGCCUGCUUUCUAAAAGUUCCCUGGGGGACCACCAGAUGAGCUGGUUCAGUGACCUCAACCUUGGAAGUUCAGAGUCUCCUCUGUGCAAGGAUCCAGGGAAGAAUAUGCUAUAUGAUCUGGGUUUUGACAGCAGUGAUGAUGGCUUUUGACCAGCCCACAAUCUGACUUCAGCUGAUAGUUUAUUGGUCUCAGCUGGAAAGACAAAUUCUAGAACACUGGGGCUGACUAACAGCAGAAAGUCCCUGAAGCCUGAUUGGAGCCCUCAGGCUCAGAGGGCCUGCUGGGGGGGUGGUGGUCAGUGUAGGACAGGUGCAGGGCAGGGGAGUAGCUCUGGUGUUCUGGGUACCAGGUGCUGCCCAUGACAAGCAUAAGGGAUAAUUGCAUCCUUAUUUAUUGGAGUGAAGCACAUGGAGACGACAGUGAUGAGCUGGAGCAGCAGCCUGGGUGUAGGGCAUCAGCAGGAGGGUGCUGAUUUUGGUGAAAGGAGGACUGGCCUCCAUGUGGAAUACUGAGUGGCAGAAGGGCUCUCACAGAACUGUUGCUGUGGCAGCAAGACUCCCAAACAUUUUUGGUCUUCACGGUAUUUCCUACACCUGACCAAUACCUAUCCAGGCCUCGGGAUUUUUAAAAUUAUUUUUAUCCAGUUUUACUGUCAGAGCACUUGCAUGUUUUGAUCAGUGGACAUAUUACAGGACACACUGUCUUCUUGUGAACAGAGAAACAGAGAAUGUUAAGCUGCCAAUGAAAAGAGGUGACGGGCACCCAAUAAAUUCCCAGAGCACCACUGUGUACAAGCCACACAAUCCCAUUUUUCUUCCUGGCUGUUUUUCCUAUGCUGUUUGCAACCACCCUUCAAGCUAAUGAGAGCAUCUAAGGGCCCUGUAUUAUUUCCAGAGAGCAAUAGGCUUAUGUGAGACUUUGGCUGUCUAUUCAUAUCUUGCAGAAGUUUUGAAUUUUUGUUAUACAUAUAUGUAUAUUUGUUUUAUAACAAAAAAUAAAAAUUUUUAAAAGCAUA